UGUAGGAAGCAGCGGGCAGCAGCGGCAGCGUUACGAGGCAAAUCACAAAACGAGCAACUUUCACUGCCGCUGUGGCUAUUUUUGAUUUCUAUCCUGAGAACGGGCUUUUUUUGGUGCGUGAUGCCUUCCCCCCAACCCUUUCCAUACGACUGUUAGAAAUCUGCCCUCCCACCCUCCCUUCUCCCCGGCUCUCCGCCUUCCCCCCAAGAAGCGAUAACACCGCACCAUCCUCGCUCCGUUCCCGGCAGCUCACCGCGCUCCGCCAGGAGGUGAGCCGAGCGGGGGAAGGAGCGCUUGCAGGCGUGAGCAGGGAGCACCGCACAGCUGCCCGGCUGAGGCGGGCCCUCGCCGUUGCUUCCUCGUACCGCCGCAGUUGCGGUAUGAGGAACGGGGCCCGCGGCAGUUCCGAGCCGCGUCGCAGCGGCGGCAGAGUCCCCAGGAGCCCGGCCGCUGCCCGCAGAGCGCGGAGGGCCCUGCCCUGCACCUGCCUCGGCGGGCUGAGAGGGAGGAGGGAAGGAGGGAGGGAGGGAUGGAAAGAGGGAGGGGAGGCUCCUCUGUGCACGGGGAGAGGCUCCGGCGCUCAGCUGGGCGCAACCGGCAGCUGCUGCCGUGCUGCGCCGCGGGCGGUGGCGGCUCCCGGAACCGCAGCUUUCGGGCUCGGAGCUCAGCCGGGAAGUAGAGCAGAGUUUCGCUGCUUGCUUUUUCUUUUUGUUUUUCUUUUUUCUUUCUUUUUUUUUUUUUUUUGCUGACAGACCUUUUUUAUUAUCAUUCUUUUAAAUCCCUUCUCCCGCUCCCCCCGACUGCGGUGCGUGUGCCACCCGGGGAGGAUGCGCGCCUCCCCCAGCCCCUUCCCCGGCAGCUCCCUCCGCGGCGGCGGGGCGCGGGGGGCCGCAGGGGGCCGCGGGGUUGGGGGCGCCCUGGGCCGCACCUGUCCGCGCCGCACUGCGCCCCCGGGGCUCCGCCGCCUCUCCCCGCCGUCCCUCGGUGCCUGAGUGUCCGGCACCGCACCGCACCGCACACACGCCCGGAGACACUCACGCACUGACUCGCAGCACUCUGCCCAGGCUGCCGAGCAGCAACGCCAGCAGCCCCCUCCCUCCUUCCCACCUCCUCCCUCGCUCCCGCCCGCCGCUCUGGAGGAUGCCCGGGAGUGAUGCCCAGGAAAUCUAUGGCCAGGAUGAUGCCCACGUUUCUUUAGGGGAGAAACAACUGGCUUCUUGUAAAAGGGAGCCCAGGAACAAAAUAAGGUUCAGCGAGUUGUACAUGUUUUCAGCAGACAUGUCUGAUCUUUCCACCUGCAUAUCUGGAGUUGCUUUAUGCCUUUGCCAGUCUUUUCAGUAACCACUAAAGACUUCUUGAGGCUGAACACCGGAACAGAUGAGUUAAAUUCUUCUUGAAUAUUCUUUGUCAGAAGUGGAUGUACUGGACUUUCUGAAUGUGCAUAAGGACACAAAGAAUAUUCUUCAGGAUUUGAACUACAUGGGAAGAAAGGAUGCAACCAGAGCUAUCAUAAAGAUGUUGCAGUGCCUAGGGGAAAGUGGAUCCCGGAGAAGAGCAUCUGGCUCAGACUCAAUUUCAGUGAGAUCCAGACAAUACUGGUUGAAAGACAGAAAUGAUCCAGACAGCCAGUUUAACAAGAUUCCUAGGCGCAUGCCUUUGAGCAUCGGUUCAUCGUGUUCUCAAAGACUGAAGAAGUCCUGAAGAUUGAUGGAGGGCCAUGCUAUUCAAACAGCAGGUGUUGCUGAGACAGAAGCUCUUUGUGCUAGGCAGCCUUGCUAUUGGAAGCCUCCUAUAUCUAGUUGCCAGAGUUGGGAGCUUGGAUAGACUGCAGCCCCUCUGCCCCAUCGAUGGUCGAUUCGGACCCCGCAGCCAGGAUGAAAUCCCGCUGCGAGCUCUGCAGUUCAAGCGAGGGCUACUCCAUGAGUUCCGAAAGGGCAAUGCCACGAAGGAGCAAAUACGACUGCACAAUCUGGUUCAGCAGCUUCCCAAGGCCAUCAUCAUUGGAGUACGGAAAGGAGGCACACGUGCACUGUUAGAGAUGCUGAAUCUUCACCCUGCAGUGGUCAAAGCUUCUCAAGAGAUUCAUUUCUUUGACAACGAUGAGAACUAUGCCAAGGGGAUUGAGUGGUACCGGAAAAAAAUGCCUUUUUCUUACCCUCAUCAAAUAACAAUUGAGAAAAGCCCUGCAUAUUUUAUCACUGAGGAAGUACCUGAAAGGAUUUACAAAAUGAACUCAUCUAUCAAAUUAUUGAUCAUUGUCAGGGAACCCACCACAAGAGCUAUUUCUGAUUACACUCAGGUGCUGGAAGGCAAGGAAAGAAAGAACAAAACUUACUACAAAUUUGAAAAGCUGGCUAUUGAUACUAAUACCUGUGAAGUGAACACUAAGUACAAGGCAGUGAGAACCAGCAUCUACACAAAACACCUGGAGAGAUGGUUAAAAUAUUUCCCAAUUGAGCAGUUUCAUAUCGUAGAUGGAGACCGGCUCAUCACAGAACCACUGCCGGAACUCCAGCUGGUCGAGAAGUUCCUAAAUCUUCCUCCAAGGAUAAGUCAGUACAAUUUAUACUUCAAUGCCACCAGAGGGUUUUAUUGCUUGCGAUUUAACAUUGUCUUUAAUAAGUGCCUGGCAGGUAGCAAGGGACGCAUUCAUCCAGAGGUGGACACCUCUGUCAUUACCAAAUUGCGCAAGUUCUUUCAUCCUUUUAAUCAAAAAUUUUACCAGAUCACUGGGAGAACAUUUAACUGGCCCUAACUUAAACUUCAUACAACAUUUUCGGAUGCAUCUGAGACAUGCAGCAAUGUCUCUGCUAAAAUAUGCACUUUUCACAGACAUGGUAUCAAAGUAACAUUUUUCAUGCAUACGUGUACAUAUGCAAUGUGUGACCAAAUAUACAGUGGGAUCAAUUUUUUCUACUGAAUAGUAGCUAAAAUAAAUUUACCGUCAGCAUAGUUGCAUCUUUUAAGAUAUACUAAUGAAGGAAAAAGAGGUACGUAGGGAAAUAAAGUCAGACAGCAUUAAAAGGGUCAGUGUUCCUCUUGCUUGAAGUUUUUAUGUGACGUACUUAUUGAUCUAAGCAGAACGUCAGUUUAUGCCAUGCAAUUUCAUGUCAAAAGUCUGUGAAUCUGUGAGAAAGCAUAAUAUUCAGGCUAUAUUAGGUAUGUAUAUUGCUGAAGGAAUACUGACACUUUAAAUACCAUGCUGAAUUUUUACAAUGAGAGUGGAUAGUACUAUUUUCUUAUUAUUUGAAAUUAAUAUCUCAUUAAACUACAUUGGUUUGGAGUUCCUGUGGUGAGUUUGCACUAUUGUUUUAUUGUAUGGACCAUAGUGUCACUUGUAGCAUGUCAAUCAUGUGUCAAAAAAAGUCAAAUAACUUUUUCUUCUAUGAUUGAGUGUCGACAAAGACAAACAUCAUGUACAUAGUGUACAAUGUUUGUAAAUACUGGUUUCACACUAAGUAAUUCUAUUUUGUAAACUGAAUAUGGCUAUUUAAUUUAUUGUGAAAAUUAAAUUUAUUGUGGUAUUUAAAAAUGGAAUGGAUUAAAAUUACCUAUAUGUGCAA